AUGGCGAUGCCUCCGGACGCCAAGCAGGAAGUCAAACCCGUGAAGGUCUCCAAGCCGCGGAUCGACUGCAUCGACGGUUGCCGCUUUGCGCUGGUCUUCCCCAUCGUGAUUGCGCAUUUUGCGAGGUUUGGCACCAACAACCUGACGGCGCUGAAGCUGCUCACGCAGGAGAAUGUGCUCGUAGGAGGCUUCUUCGUCAUCUCAGGAUACGUGUCUGCGUACACUUCCACGAAGCUGGGCGAGAGAAAGGCCGAGGACAAGAAGCUGGCCAACCCGGAGCUCUUCUUCUGGCAGAGGGUGAUGGCCUACUAUCCUCUCCACUUCGUGGUUUCCGCGAUCUUCGCCCCGAUGUUCAUCCAGGUUGAGAGGUGGUACAACACCCCGUGGACCACCAGCGCAUUCCGUGCUUUCCUGAACUUCAGCAUGCUGCAGGCCUGGUUCCCCAAGGAGGCAGAGAUCUGGAAUCAGCCAACCUGGUUCCUUUCGGCCCUGACGUUCUCGAACCUCACCAUGCCGACGCUGGUGCUUCCACAGGUGGCGCAGCUGUCCAAGAACGGCCUUCAGAAGCUGUUCGUCGCCUUGACGGGCAUCUCGCUCCUGCAGAAGGUCUCCUAUUCGGAGACCUCGCGCUUCCAUAGCAGCAAGGAGCACCCGGUCAACGGCCAGGUCAUGCACCCUCUGAUCUGGAACUUGACCCGCUUCCACCCCUUCUGGGCGCUGAUCGAGAUGACCAUGGGCGUGGCGGCUGUACGUCACGUGAUGCUGGACACGGAGGAGGACAAGAAGAAGCCGACCACGAACCCGCUUUGGAUGUUCUUGGCGGCCUACGCCUCCUUGGGUCUGCGUCUCACCAAGUUCGACUUCAAUGAUGCCAUCAUUCGCAGCGUGCUGUUCGUCCCCAUCUUCACGAAGUUCUUGACGCAGAUUCACAGGGAUGCGAUCUCCGCAAACCCCGCCCCUAUCACGCGCUUCUUCGGCUCCAAGCCGAUGGCCACGCUGGGCUCCAUCGCAUUCCCGAUGUUCAUCCUGCACGGCCCAAUUGGACAGAUCUUCUACAAGAAGAUCUUGGCUAAGAAGAUCUGGGGUGCGCCGAUGCCGACGGCCUUCUUCCCGUUCUACCUUCUGAUCUGCUUGGGUUUGAGCCACCUCACCAACGAGUAUUUCGUCAAGAACAAGAAGGUGUCAGCCAUUUCGGGCAAGGUGGCCCAAUUCCUGGGCAACUGGCACAAGGCCUCGCUGAUGCUCAGGCAGCGCACUUUCAGCACAGGGCAGGACGACACGGUACCGAGCACCGCUCAGCAGAGGUGCAGCGCCGACGGAGCUUCUUGCAAAGCAGUGGUAAGUCUGCUCGAUGAGAGGGAGGCUGCUGAGUCGGUCUGGAUCGCAGACAUGAGCGCAGUGGCGCAAAAGAUCGACGCUGAUGCAAAGGCCAUGCCGCUGCCUCCGGACGUCAAGAAGGACGCGAAGCCUGUUGUGAAAGCCUCGAAGCCUCGCAUCGAUUGUAUCGAUGGCUGCCGGUUUGCUCUGGUUUUCCCCAUCGUCGUUGCUCACUUCGCGAGGUUUGGAACGAAGAAUCUGACGAUGCUGAAGCUGCUCACGCAGGAGAAUGUGCUGGUUGGAGGCUUCUUCGUCAUCUCAGGGUACGUGUCUGCGUACACUUCCACGAAGCUGGGCGAGAGAAAGGCCGAGGACAAGAAGCUGGCCAACCCGGAGCUCUUCUUCUGGCAGAGGGUGAUGGCCUACUAUCCCCUCCACUUCGUGGUUUCCGCGAUCUUCGCCCCGAUGUUCAUCCAGGUUGAGAGGUGGUUCAACACACCUUGGACGACGACGGCUAUGCGUGCAUUCCUGAACUUUAGCCUGUUGCAGGCCUGGUUUCCCGCAGAGGCGGAGAUUUGGAAUCAGCCAACUUGGUUCCUUUCGGCCCUGACGUUCUCGAACCUCACCAUGCCGACGCUGGUGCUUCCGCAGGUGGCGCAGCUGUCCAAGAACGGCCUUCAGAAGCUGUUUGCCGCCUUGACGGGCAUCUCGCUCCUGCAGAAGGUCUCCUAUUCGGAGACCUCGCGCUUCCACAGCAGCAAGGAGCACCCGGUCAACGGCCAGGUCAUGCACCCUCUGAUCUGGAACUUGACCCGCUUCCACCCCUUCUGGGCGCUGAUCGAGAUGACCAUGGGCGUGGCGGCUGUACGUCACGUGAUGCUGGACACGGAGGAGGACAAGAAGAAGCCGACAACAAACCCACUUUGGAUGUUCUUGGCCGCCUACGCCUCCCUGGGGCUUCGACUGACCAGCUUCGACUUCAAUGAUGCCAUCAUUCGCAGCGUGCUCUUCGUCCCCAUCUUCACGAAGUUCUUGACGCAGAUUCACAGGGAUGCGAUCUCUGCGAACCCCGCCCCUAUCACGCGCUUCUUCGGCUCCAAGCCCAUGGCCAUGCUCGGUUCCAUUGCAUUCCCGAUGUUCAUCCUGCAUGGGCCCAUUGGCCAGAUCUUCUACAAGAAGGUCCUAGCCAGGAAGUUGUGGGGCGGCCCCAUGUCCACCAGAUUCUUCCCGAUCUACCUUGCCAUCUGCCUCGGGUUGAGCCACCUCACAAAUGAAUAUUUCGUCAAGAACAAGAAGGUGGGCGCUUUCGCCGGCAAGGUGGCUCAAUUUUUGGCGAGCUGGACUGAGGGCAUGCUGCGCGACCGCGCAUAG